UUAAACACAUUAGCAUCAGUUAAUCAACAAGUUUCAUUGAGAAAAUAUUUUAAUUUCUUUUUUUGUGUAAAAACUAUGGAAAUGAUCGUCCCUCUCUUCGUUGUCUUUGCUUUUGCUUCUUCAGCUCUUGGUCAAUGUCCAGUUCCUCCACCUGUUCCUGCUGUUGAUAUGAGUAAAAUUGCUGGUCUAUGGUAUGAAAUGGCUGGGUUAUCUGCUGUUGGUUUCACAGAAGCUUACUUAUGUACUACCGACGAAUUUACUCAUCGAGAGGAUGGGAACUUCAAUUUUACAAUUCGGGGAACCAAACUCAAUGGUGUAAAUAUUACUGACUAUGGUCUCACCGAACGCACAGAUGUUCAAAAUUUACUCAAUAUCUAUACGCCUCCAGAUAGUCCAUACCCACUGGUCUUUUAUGUAGCCGAUACUGAUUACGAUAACUAUCUGGCUGCUUCCUUUUGUUACUGUGUUCCUGGAAUAUUCACCGGCAAGGGUGGUAUGAUUUUAUCCCGGACUAACACCAUGAGUGCUGACAAGUAUAACGAACUGGCCGAUAUGUUGGUCAACAAAAUUGGGGUUCCUCGCGAUUAUAUUGAACCAACUAGCCAAAAAAACUGCAAGUAUUGAACAGUUUACCAUCAAUGAUAAAACUUGAUUAAAAUUUAAUUUUCACUGUAAUGUUUGAUAACCUUAAACAAAUGAAUUUGAAUGAAAUAUGAAUAAAUAGAUAUUUCAUUACAUCGAAGGUAGUUAUUAUACAUUAAUAGUUUCGUAUUUUCAGCAUCUUUUAUAUUUUGGAUUAAAAU